UCCUCGUUUUGAGGCGUUCACACCACACCAUGAACAUUCUGGAGGAUGACAACAUCGACAAUGCAAUCUCGGUGUUCCGUAGUGAUAGGCAAUUUAUCGAUAAUAACAGCAGCGGCAUACCGCCCCGACCUACACCUGCGCGACAACCAACAACAACGGAGUCAGCGGCUGGCGUCGUCGAUCGCACCCGUACACCAAAUGCCGGCGUGAAGAUGUACAACGUGAUGAUCCUCAUCAUCGACAUCGUCGUUAUGUUGAUACGAUGGAUCUACUAUAUGCUCGAGUCGCUGUUUCGCUCGGUGGUACCACCACCGGCUGAUAGCGUCCACAAUGACGUCGUGCUCAUUACUGGUGCCGGCCACGGCAUGGGCAGGUGCAUGGCCCUGCAAUACGCCGAGCUUGGCGCAACCGUCGUGUGCCUGGACAUUAACGAGCGCAUGAACGCAGACACGGUUGCCACCAUACGGCAGCAGCGUGGGAAUGCUUUCGGCUUUGUGUGCGAUGUUACCAACCAUCAGCAGAUUAUCGAAACAGCGGAGAUGGUGAAACAAGAGGUAGGUACCGUGACGAUUCUGGUGAACAAUGCCGGCAUCAUGCCCACCCACCCACUGCUGCAGCAGACCGAGGGCGAGAUUCGCAAAACCUUUGAAAUCAACGUGAUGGCGCACUUCUGGCUGCUGCAGAGCUUCCUGCCGGGCAUGAUCGAGAAAAACCGUGGAUUUAUCGUGGCACUGUCAUCGGUGGCCGGACUGUGUGGGCUAAAUAACCUCGUCCCGUACUGUGGCAGCAAGUUUGCUGUUCGUGGUAUCAUGGAGGCACUAGCGGAGGAAUUGCGACAGGAUGCCCGAAAACCCAACAUCCGCUUCACAACCGUCUACCCGUAUAUGGUGGACACGGGGCUGUGCAAGAAGCCCCGCAUGCGCUUUCCCAACCUGAUGCGCCUGGUUAAGCCGGAAGAGGCGGCGGCCGCCAUUAUUGACGGGCAGCGACGCGGUCAAGAGGAGGUAUCCAUCCCGAAGUAUCUCCUGUAUCUCAACACCACCAUUCGGAUGUUCCCAUUGAAGGUGGGCACAUUGCUUCGCGACUUUCUAGACACCGGGGUGGAGUCUGAUUUGUAGACCAACAUGGUCUUCUUGCAGCACCGUUACCGUUAAAGUUUAUGUUUACCUCUGACAGCUCAUGCACUUUAUAAUACUACCAGGAUGGUUUGCAGUUAAUUGGAAACGUAAAAUCGGCGAUAAGAUUUAUGAAUAAAAAAACAUACAAAAACCAUCUCGUGAGUA